CUGUGUAUUCCACAAUACAUGAUUUUUGAUAGGUUGAAAUUCUUAUUCUCUGUUCUCUGUUCCUUUUACAGAAUAGAGGCCCAGUAAUCAGGGCCGUUAAUCACCGAAGAAGAAGAAGAUACAAAUUUACUAAAAGGACUGAUAAAAUAAGUUAACAAUGUUGCGCCUGUUUGUAUUUCUGGUCUUCUCUUUCUGGCUCAGGACGAGCAUGGCUGCGAUCGCGCAAGAAUCCAUUACAACUACAACGUGGGGUUCUGUAAAUGGUCAGGAAAUCAAGAAAUUUACGUUGAGAAAUAAAGCUUGUCAAGAAGUCGAUGUCAUAACGUAUGGUGCGGUGGUAACCGCUAUUAGAACGCCAGAUAGAGAAGGAAACCUAACGGACGUCGUCCUCGGCUUUGAUAAUAUCGAAGGAUACCUUUCAUCGAAUAAUCCAUACUUUGGUGCCACAAUUGGACGAGUCGCAAAUCGCAUCGGCAAAGCAACUUUUGUUGUGGAUGGCCAACGUUAUAACAUAUCCAAAAAUAAUGGUGAGAACAGCCUCCACGGUGGUACUCAUGGUUGGAGUUCUAAGAUAUGGGAUGCAACAAUUCAGAACGAUUGUGUGGUAAUGACUUUGGACAGUCCGGACGGUGAUGAAGGUUAUCCAGGAUCAGUCACAGCGAUAGCGAGCUUCCAACUGACGAACGAUGGAGAGUUGCGCAUAGAGAUGAAAGCCCAUUCCAAAAAGGCGACGCCGAUUAAUUUAACGAAUCACAGCUACUUCAAUCUCGCUGGACAUGCCACAAAUGCAUCAGAACUAUAUAAACAUGUGAUCACUAUGAAUGCCGAUCACUGGACUGUCACGGAUUCCGAAAGCAUUCCGACUGGUGAGAUUCGAUCAGUUGCAAACAGCAUAAUGAAUCUAACGAACCCAACAAAGUUCGGUGAUGUCAUCGAUAAAGUACCGAACGGCGGUUAUGACAAUAAUUUCUGCUUGCCGAAAUCAUUCAAUGAUGGGAAAGUCAAUUUCGUAGCCAAAGUAGUGCAUCCAUCUUCAGGACGCCGGUUGGAAGUAUAUUCGAAUCAACCGGGCGUUCAGCUUUACACGACCAAUUCUGUACCUGAAAAUGGCAUCGUGGGCAAAGACGGAGCAAAGUACUUAAGACACGCCGCUUUUUGCUUGGAAACGCAAAAUUAUCCUGAUGCUGUAAACCAUAAAAACUUUCCAAACAGCGUGCUGCGACCAGGCAAUACAUACAAUCAUGUUGUCUUGUACAAAUUUGGAGUAGAAAAUUAAUUUCCAUUUCUCUGCUAUAAAUUUUGAAAAAUUAAACAAAUAUUAAAUAAUAAUUAAUCUUUUACCGCGUUAAUCCAUAAUUGCAAUCAGGAUUGGUAAAUAAUGCGUUAUUUGUAACAUCAUUACUGUUACAAGUUACUUUUUUCGGUAACAAAUGGAUAAUGGACAAUGUUAUAUUUUUGGGGUAACAAUAACGAUUAUUUCUAGCCAUGUAAAAGUUUAGUCGUAACUAGACUAUAUAUAUCUAUAUGUAUAUGUACAUGUAUCAGUUUUUGAGCUUUAUUCCUUUACUAGAAUUUUGAAUUUACUAGAAUUAGAACUUCCCUUCAUAUUUACUGCAAAAAUCUAUAUAUAAAAUGAUGUUUUUUAUUGACAGAACUAGUAUGCACUUAGUGCAUUAUAAAGCCAUUGUGCACAAAUCAACACAAAGAUGUAUGUUUAAUAAAAAUAUAGAAACGAAUUAAACCAUAAAAUCCUCAA